AUGUUUAGCGACGGCAACUCGAGCGCGGCUUUGGUGGGCGCCAUGCUGAACUCUCGUAUGCGGUCUUUCCUUAUCAGAGACAUUCUGGGCCCUGCCGACGACCAACAGAGGGACAUCAGCGACAAAGACUGCGAGGUGCUGCAUCAACAGGUGUCCGCUGUCAACGCCUCCCGAUGCCCAAACGGUUACGACUCUAAAGAUGAACAGCAUUCCAGCCCCCAUCAUGGGUCCCAUCCAUACUACGGCGAUCCCCGAAGCCCCGGCGGCUACAGCGACGGUCGCAGUCCGCAACCCUCCCAGCCGCACAAGGACGGUGGGUCGGCGGGCAGCAAGGCGAAGAAGCCCCGGCGCCGGCGCACCGCUUUCACGCAGGCCCAGCUGGCCUUCUUGGAGAGGAAAUUCCGUUGCCAGAAAUACCUGUCCGUGGCUGACCGGGGCAGUGUGGCCGAAGCUCUCAGCCUCACAGAGACACAAGUCAAGACCUGGUACCAGAACAGGAGAACUAAAUGGAAGCGCCAGAACAGCCAACGACUGGAACACCUCCGACAACAGUCACAGGGAGUGUCCAAGGAAGGUCCCGGUCCUGGCCUGGGACCCGCACCCCAUCCUCUCGACGGACCGCUCGUCUCGGCCACUUACUACGGCGCAUGCGUGGUGCCCACUUCCAGUGCCGCUUGUCUAUUGCCUCCGGGGAUAUUGAGAAAUGUGUACGUGCCCGGUUUCCAGAUGUGAAUACAGACACUCACUUGUGAAACUCACUGACCGAGAGAGAACACCCCCAUUUAUACACGUUGAACUUCACUACCCCCUAAUCCUGAAAUUUGAAGGGG